CCAUAGUUAACGCAGUCGACGCAUUAGCUCUUCGGCUGUUCAUAUGUUCGUCUUGCGCCGAAAUUUAAUUAAAGUGACAACGCAUGGUCGCCACUGAAAUUGAAAGUACAUUUAGAAAGGUAACAGCCAUAAAAGGACACGAACUGCACAUCCGCCGUAUAUUAAACAAGGGCACCCAGCAUCAUAGUUAACGCAGUCGACGCCUUAGCUCUUCGGCUGUUCAUAUGUUCGUCUUGCGCUGAAAUUUAAUUAAAGUGAUCAACGACAACGCCGUGGUCGCCACUGAAAUUGAAAGUACAUUUAUAGAAAGCAAGAAUUAGCAUGACAACGUCAACGAUUUCUGCUGUUGGUCGGCCAUUCGGCUUAGGGAUGCUUUACGAUCGUCGUUCCGACAAGUUGAUUCCUGCUAAAACAUUGUGGUCUCACAAUCACUUGAAUGCCGCUGUCGAUACUAGGCCCCAACCAUUCACUAACUCCAAAGUAUUCACAGAAAAUACGGUUGAAGAUAAGACAAGUGCUCUUGACAUAGAAGCCAGCCUAAAGUUAAGUUUUCUUUCCGGGCUAGUAACAGUGGAAGGCGCUGCAAAGUAUUUAAAUGAUACCAAAAAAUCAAAGAAUCAAUGUCGGGUUGUUCUGAAAUAUGAAACAACUACAGAACUCAAACAACUCACCAUGGAACAUUUGGGAACAGGGAAAAUUCAAUUUCCCGAGGUGUUUGAUACUGAUACUGAGGCAACGGAUGUUGUGGUUGGUAUACUGUACGGAGCAAAGGCAUUCAUGGUAUUUGACAAGGAAGUCUCUAAGGACGAAACGUUAAAGAAAGUACAUGGAAGCAUGGACAUUUUGGUUAAAUCAUUGCCAAGCAUGUCUGUUGAUGGAGAUGGGUUUGUCAAAAUCGAUGAAACACAAAAGAAGAACACCGAAAACAUGCGUUGCCAGAUGUAUGGAGAUUUCCGUACCAGCGAAAGUCCAACAAAUUACGAAGAUGCGGUGAAAAUUUACAAACUGUUACCUUCACUGAUUGGUGAGAACGGAGAAAAAGCUGUUCCAAUUAAAGUAUAUUUGUCUCCAUUGAGUUCAAUUGACAGCAAAUGCCAAAGAAUAGUAAGGGAGAUUAGUUUAAAUCUAGUUAAAAAAUCAGCUGAAAUCCAAGAGCACCUCCAGUCUGCGAUAACAGAAUGCAAUGAUCUGAUAAGAGAAGAUAUAUGCGUUCAUUUUCCAAGAUUAGGAACACAACUUAGACAUUAUUCGAAAACGAUUGAGUUGUACAAACUCUUUCUACAGAAGAAAAUACUGGUAAUUCUUCCCCAAAUUCGAGGUGGUGGAGUAGACGAAAUCGAGCUGGCUCAAAUCAUUGAAGAAAACGAAGCAUCGCCGUUUUCUUUCACGUGUAUUGAAGGUUGGCUUAACGGAAAGAAACAAGAAAUCGAGAGAUUGCAGGCAAUGAUCCAACCGCUAGGAGAAACUCCUGUCGUCAAUCCAGAAAAGGUAAAAAAUCAUCUGUCAAAUCCGGCAAUCGAGUUUAUAGUUUGUUGUACGUUCCGAAUUGCUUGCGAAGAAGACGAACAAAUUUUGAAAAUGAAGGCUUAUCUUAACGACGGCGCUGUAUCGAAUGAAAGUGUUGAAAGAAAAUUUGACGAAAAACCGACUUCGAGAAAAGUGCGUGAAGCAUUGAGGAAUUUCAUGAUUUUAAAAUCGGUGAAUGAAGAAAUAAGCUCGAUUGAAUUUCUGGCAACAGAUGAGCCGCUGUCCCAUGACUACGAUGGUAAAAUGGGGGCUUUUCUUUGUUUCUACGCAGAAGGAGAUGUUGAGGACGAGGAUCUGACUGCACAGCCCACGCCAAAGAACCUGAAAUUAGAAGAAGCAGAGGAAAGUACGUUGCAAAUUUCCUGGGAUGAUCAAGCUGGGAACACUGUUACGAGUUACAAGGUUCAAUACCAGGAUGAUGCUGGCGGAGAUACGUGGUCAAGUGUUGAUGUUAAAUCCAGCGGCGAAGUUCGGAAUUUUGUCACUCUUACAGAUCUUAAACUAGGAACGAAAUACUUCAUCCGAAUCAACGCAGUACGAAAAAUCAUUGUUAGUGAGUACAGUGAGGUAUUUUCUGCCAGUACGAAGCCAGCCAGUCCUCCUGGUAAACCAGAAGUACAAGAAGCUACAUCUGAAUCACUAACAAUUGUUUUCAAAGAACCACAACGUCUCGCAAAGAAUGUUCAGAUCGUCAACUAUAAAGUCGAGUGGAGCCAAGACGACUGGAAAAAUCGCAAGAUGAAACAGACGGACGAUGCAACGCCAAAGUAUACUCUAAAAAAUCUUCAUCCAUCAAUGUCAUUUGUCUUCAGAGUCACAGCAAACUGUGGUGACGCGGGAGAAAGCAAGAACAGUCCUUCUAGCGAUUCAUUUUCUACCUCUUCCCAAAAACCAACGUUUCAGCCGGACAAAAUCCUUGGUUUGUGCAAGCUUGUUAAGCCAGCUGAGGACGGCAAACCUGCUGUCUAUGUUCUUCCUUCGACUUUAGUAUUCGAAGAUCGUGAUCUCAAAUCACGUAAAUAUCAGAUUAACCUCGAAAUCGGAGAUAGUGAUGCUCAGAGGGCAAGUAUACGAAAUAAAGUUAUCAUGAUGGUUGGAUCAAUUGGCUCAGAAAAAACAACUGCAAUAAAUGCUAUGAUCAAUUAUAUUCUUGGAGUGAAUUGGGAAGAUUCUUUCCGACUGAAAAUGAUCCAUGAUUCUUCCCAGUCGCCGUUUGUCACUUGCUACACGUUGCCGCAUUUGAAAGGUUUUAAGGUGCCGUACAAUUUAACUAUUGUGGACAUCCCCGGGUUUGAAGACAUAAGACAGAUGAAAUACAAUCAAAAGAUAACUGAUCAACUUCGCAAAUUUUUCGAAACGAGUGGUGAUGGAAGGAUUGAUCAUAUUGACGCCAUCUGCUUUCUUUCUCAAGCUGGAGUACCAAAGCUCACACCUACCCAACGUUACAUAUUUGACAAAAUUCUGUCCAUAUUUGGCAAGGAUAUCCAGAAGAACAUAAUCGUUCUAUUCACCUUUUCCUAUGGCGAUCCCCAAGCAGUAUCCACCCUGCAUGAGGCUGAAGCCAUUGAUCAAGAAGAUAUACCUUUCCCGUUGAAUAACAGCGCACCCUUCGCUGACAAUUCCCAAAGUAAUAUCUUUAGCCCAAUGUUUUGGUCAAUCCGAAUGAACAGUUGUGAGAAGUUUUUUGAAUGUGUUAAGGGAAUGGAAAGCAAAAGUGUUGUUUUGACAAAAGAUAUGUCACAGGAAAUGGCGCAAGUGGAAGAUCGAGUAUGUGAAUUGCAGGAUAAAAUGCACUUUGCAAUAAACGAACUUUGCCGACGUGAGAAAGAACAGAAAAUAUUCGAAGAAUUUGGCGAUCAAUUAUACUACCGGGAUUUUACGUACAGUUUAACAGAAGACGAACGAGUGGAGAAAGUCCCUCUGCAAUCUGGAACGUACGUAACGAGAUGUAUCCCUUGCAAUUAUACCUGCCACCCCUUUUGUGACAUCCUUAGGAAUGAGGAUAAAAAAUACUGCGCAGCUAUGAGCAAUGGAAGAUGCCAGCAAUGUCCCAGUCGUUGUGACUGGUCGGUUCAUGUAAAUGUCCAGUAUCGGAUGGAGAUUGAAAGAGUUGAAAGAGAACACAUUGCCAGUAAAGAGAAUUAUAGCCAGAUGAGCGAUGUUGAAGAUAAAAUCAAGAGAAUUAGAGAAGAGUACGACGAGAUUCAGAAGAUCGUUCUUGUGUUUGUAGCAGAAAUACAACGUUGUUUACAACGGCUAUCAGAAAUCACUCAGAAAAAAGAUCCUCUUACACAUUUGGAAUAUCUUCGUGCUCUUAUUCGUUCAGAAAAAUUGCAAGGCGAACCUGGUUUCGAGGACCGUAUAAAGACUCUGAAAGAAACACUAAAUCGGGCUAUAAAGAUCAGUCGCAAGGCAAAACCUGGCUUUGAUCCAUGGGAAGAAUACAAAGAAAACGAAGAAAUGUGAAGAUGACAUGAUGAUGAGGAAAGUACGAAAUGUUUUAAACAACGACCGCUAAACGUGUAUUAAGUUUUAGUUAUCAUCAUAAUAACAUAUUUCUGAGAGUGAGAGAAGUUCGGGAAAACAUAAAACCGAAGUUAAGUGGUAUAAGUUACAGUUGUGUCUGAUUGAACUUGAUUACAACUUUGAUUUAACUUGAUUUGAUUACGUAGUAGGACAUAGGGGUUGACGUGUAGCCCCUUAUACAGACGAGCUAGUUUUAUAUAUGACAUUUAUAUUUGUACUUUGACAAUUUUUUCUAUGCAAGUACACUUGUUCAAAAUCAAGUAUACUGUCAUAAAAAAAAAUUG